AUGGAGCUUCACACAGAGAAGAGGUUUCACCACUUGACCCACGAGCAGGUCCAGGCUCUGGACAAAGUCUUGACCGAGGUGAUCCCCAUUCACGGUCGAGGAAAUUUUCCUACAUUGCAGGUGAGAGCGAAAGACAUCAUUCGUGUGGUGAAGGAUCGGCUGGUGGAAAGAGACAUCCAAGUUAAAGAUAUUCGCCUUAAUGGUGCGACUGCCAGCCAUGUCCUGGUGAGAGAUCACGGCCUGGGCUACAGAGACUUAGACAUCAUUUUUGGAGUGGAGCUGCCCAGGCAGGAGGACUUCCAAGUGAUUAAGGAGGUGGUGCUAGGCAGCCUAAGAGACCUCCUCCCUUGUGGAGUUAACAGACGGAAGAUCACCUGCCUGACGAUGAAGGAGGCAUAUGUGCAAAAGAUGGUGAAAGUCUUCAAUGAGCACGAUAGAUGGAGCCUUAUCUCACUGUCCAACAACAGAGCUAAAACUGUGGGGCUUAGAUUUGUUAGUGCCCUUCGAAGACAGUUUGAGUUUAGUGUGGACUCCUUCCAGAUAAUAUUAGACCGCAUGCUGGAGUCCUACUGGGAGACUGAAAGGAGACAAGGAGGAAAUUUGGCUAUCACUGUGGAAGCAGAGUGCAUGUACGGAGACUUUGAGCAGGCUAUGGAUCACCUCCGCCACCGCCUCAUUGCCACCCACAACCCAGAGGAGAUCCGAGGAGGGGGCCUCCUGAAGUACAGCGACCUGUUGGUGAGGAACUUCAGGCCGGCAAGCGAGACAGAGAUCAAGUCCUUGGAGCGGUACAUGUGCUCCCGCUUCUUUAUCGACUUUCCUGACGUGAGCGAGCAGCAGCGGAAGAUUGAGGCGUACCUGCAAUGCCACUUCAUUGGCAACGAGGAGGCGAGCAAGUAUGACUACCUGAUGACCCUACGGCGUGUGAUAGAUGAGAGCACAGUGUGUUUGAUGGGACACGAGAGGAGACAGACGCUCAAUAUGAUUACAGUCCUGGCUCUGAGAGUGCUGGGCGAGCAGAACGCCAUCCCAAACACAGCCAACGUCACCUGUUUCUACCAGCCAGCUCCGUAUAUAACAGAGCCGAUUUACAGCAGCUACUUCAUCACCCAGGCCCAGCCGCCACUUGUCUACCACCCCUACCCGCUCCAUGUCCACAUGCAGACUGGCCUGGUGUAG